GUUUGUUUCACCGCACACCUCACUUGAGUGGUGCAAAAGCAUUUUGCUUCUGGAAUUAGUAUGUUCAAGCGCAUCGUCCAGUCGCCGGCGCUGAAGAAGGCCGCCGCCGCCGCCGGAACUGCCGCCAUCGGUGGCUCUGUGUUCACAGGUGUCACCGCCUUCAGCGAUGACAGCAUCCCCGCCUUGCACUACGGCUUUGAGCACGAUGGUCCAUUGACGUCGUUCGACUACGCCGCUGUCCGUCGCGGGUACCAAGUGUACAAGGAAGUGUGCGCGACAUGCCAUUCGGUCGACAAGAUCCACUUCCGUCAUUUGGUCGGUGUGACGCACACCGAAGCCGAAGCGAAGGCGCUCGCGGCAGACAUCGACGUCGAAGACGGCCCGAACGACCAAGGCGAGUCGUUUGAACGUCCCGGCAAGCUGUCGGACCCUCUCCCCAAGCCGUACGCAAAUGACGAAGCCGCCGCCGCUGCCAACAACGGUGCCAUUCCUCCUGAUCUUUCGUUGAUCGUGAAGGCGCGUCACGCCGGCGCCGACUACUUGUUCGCGCUCUUGACCGGUUACGUGGAAGCGCCCGAGGGUAAGGAACUCGGCAACGGGUUGUACUACAACCCGUACUUUGGCGGUGGAGCCAUUGCGAUGGAGAAACAGCUGGAAGACGGCAAGGUUACGUACGAAGACGGCACCCCCGCCACCGCGUCUCAAAUGGCCAAGGACGUGUCCGUGUUCCUCGCCUGGGCCGCCGAACCCGAGCAUGACGAACGCAAGAAGAUGGGGUUGCAGUGGUGCCUCGGGCUCUUCGCCGCCGCCGUUUUGACGGGGUACUACAAACGCUUGCGCUGGGCACCGUUGAAGACCCGUAAAAUUUCGUACUUCAAAUAACCAUCGAGAUUUUGGACCAAAUAGAUAAUAUCAACCAACUGGGUGUAUGUAUCGUUCA